AAAAAAAGUCAUAGAAAAAGGAGAAUUCAUCGUAAAAUACGAUUUUGUCGUCUGUCACAUCAGUUUUGUUUUAUUAUUCGAAGAUUGCAAAGGUUUUUCUGGAAAAACAAAGCAUUAAUAUAAACGUGUAGUUUUCUACAAUACUUUUAUUAAAUCACUCAAAAAGUAGUGCGACCAAAAACUUGGUAGGUCAUAUAUAAUUUGGGAAUGCAAAUACUGCAGUGUGUCAUAUCGCCAAGGGAAUACGAGUUUUCCGUAGUAGCUAAAAUAACAACAACGACGGCAAGGCCUCCGUUCUUUGUACCGUCCAUAGAAUUACACGAACAACAAACCACAAAUCAUCUACUUUGAUUUGUUACAUUUCUGCACUACGAGCCAUUAAACAGAAAUAUAAAACACAUAGACAUGGAGGACGGCAUGACAAAUGAACAAACCGAAAAGGUUCUACAGUUCCAAGAUAUAACAGGCAUAGAGGAUAUGAAUAUAUGUCGUGAUGUUUUGAUAAGACAUCAGUGGGACCUGGAGAUUGCGUUCCAGGAACAAAUGAAUAUUCGUGAAGGCAUUCCAACGACAUAUGCCGCCUCUAGAGAUGUACGUGCACCCGCUGUACUCGACGAUCGUUUUUUGCAACAAGUAUUCUCGGCAACUAUGCCAGGUGGAAGAUCAGCGCGUGGUGGAUUGGGACCCGUACCACGAAGUAUUACAGGUAUCAUCGGCUAUGUCAUCAAUAUGGUAUUUCAAUACUGCUACUCAACAUUCGCCAGUGUACUAAGUACUUUACUUAAUAUGGGUCGUAAUGACGAGAGAAUAGUCACGGAUCCAGUGGGAGAUGUCAUGAGUUUCAUACGUUCUUACAAUGAACGUUAUCCCGUACAUCCAGUCUUUUAUCAGGGUACAUAUGCGCAAGCUUUAAAUGAUGCUAAACAGGAGCUACGCUUCCUACUCAUUUAUCUACAUAAGGACCCAACAAAUAAUCCCGAUGUGGAGUCCCUAUGUCGUACUACACUUUCGGAUCAAUCAGUGAUUGAUUAUAUUAAUCGUAAUAUGCUUUUCUGGGGCUGUGAUGUAUCCUCACCAGAAGGUUAUAGAGUAUCUCAUACAUUAAAUGUAAAUACCUAUCCGACUAUGAUGUUGAUAACGUUACGUAACAACCGUAUGGUUGUUGUUGGACGCUUUGAAGGUGAUUGUAUGCCCGAAGAGCUGAUUCGUCGCAUGCAAACAGUGAUCUCAGCAAAUGAAAUAUGGUUAAGUCAAGCACGCGCUGAUCGUUUGGAACGUAAUCUAACACAGACCUUGCGUCAACAGCAAGACGAAGCCUAUCGGUUAAGUUUACGUGCCGAUGAAGAAAAGGAGCGUCUGCGUCAGUUGGAACGCGAUGCAGAGCGAGAAGCACAAGAGGCUAUUGAACGCGAGCGCGCUGAGGAGGAACGCAAAAAAGAGGAAAUUGCUCAACUAAAAAUUGAAUUAGCUGAGAAGGUACCAAACGAGCCACCAGCUGGCGCGUCGGAUGUCAUAAGUGUUGUAUUUAAACUGCCAAACGGCGCACGUCUCGAGCGACGUUUUCUCAAUUCACAUUCGUUAAUAGAUGUGUAUAACUAUCUCUUCUGUCACCCGUCGUCACCAGAUGAAUUCGAAAUAACAACGAAUUUUCCAAAACGUGUCCUCUACGCCAGUACAUUUAUUAAUAACGACGCCAUUAAUGGCAAUUGCAAUGUAACAACAUUAGCUGAAGCUGGUCUAAAGCAUCGCGAGGUACUUUUUGUGAAUGACCUAGAGGCGUAAUAUUCAUAGCAAUAUUUUAUACAUAAACUACAACAACAGUAACAACAAGCAACAAAAACAACAGACCCUUCAUAAACAAUCAGCGAUCAACAUUUGAUCGGAUUUCAUAGAAUAAUGUAAUGUGAAAAAAAAAAUAAGAAAAACUUUUAUAAAUUUGCAUUAGAUAUGCAAAAACCGAGCUACUAAAGCAAACGGAAUGUUUCCAAAAAAAAAAAACAAAAAAAAAAAAUGUGAAGAAAUCAAAGCAAAUAUGUAUACGCAAAUGUAAAGAAAAGAGAGCAAAAUCGGGCACAGCGAUUAGCAUAUUAUGCUGGAACACAUACACAAACAGAUACAUAGACAGGCAUACAAACAUACAUACAUACGAAUAAUAGUAUGGGACGUGUCAUAUUAUUGCUCCGAUCUGUAUGCAUUCAUAGAUACAUAUAUAUAAACACUGCAAUACUGAAUUGUUAUUUAAUUUAUUUGUCUUUUGGUAUUUUCAUAUAUUUUAAGUAAUUAUUUACAACAACUAUGCAUACGUUUUCCUUUACUAUUUAACGUACUUAUCAUUUUCCAUUCGUACAUAUAUUUUAGUAAAGUACUGGACUUUUUAAUUUCCUUUCCGAAUAUAAUACAUACUAAUGUAUCCUUUCUCUAUACCCAGUCCCUCUCUCUUUAAUUCCGACAGUGGUAAAAAACAUUUUUUAACACAAAAUGAUUAUUAGUAGAUUUAUAUGUAAAAAUUAUUUACAUCUCUAUAUAUACAUACAAAUAUAUAUAUAUAAAGAAUUUGGAAUAAAAAGUAAAUAUAGUAUGUGUGAAAACUUAAUUGUUAAGCGCUGACAGUAACGGUAAUUUUAGUUUAUUAAAUUUGACCAGACGGAAAAAGAGUAUUAAUAAAGUUUGAGGGAGAGUAACCCAAA